CUGAUAUCACAGGUAUGAACAUUUCAACACAUGCUUACCUGGAAGCUCUGCACGUCUUUUUUCGUCACAACUAGCCUUUGAGAAGGGAAGGGAUGGUAGCUGCUCUCGUCAACGGCAAUAAAACCGUUUGGUGAACUUCCUCCUUAAAAUCAUACCUGCAGUACAGAAAAAAAAAUCUGUUGUGGGACAUUGUCCCACCUACCUCAGAAGAAAUACGUGUGACAUCCAUUGUAGCCAAAUAGUAACUCAGCUCCAGAUAGGGCCUUUGUGCCCUAUGGAUGUGGAUAAAGACAUCAUUUUAUAAACUGGUCUGAAUCAAUGGCUCCAUCCCCACCUCCACCUCCACCUCCACCACCUCCAGUGCCACCUCCACCGCCUCCUCCUCCUCCUCCAGGCAAUGGGCCCCUCUCCCGCAAGGGCCACAAUCGGCGCUCCAAGAUGCGCAACUUCAACUGGGAGGCCAUUCCCCAGCACAGUGUACUGGGCAAGCACAACAUCUGGACAACAGAGCAGACCAGUACCAACUAUGAGCUGGACACAAAGCGCAUGGAGGAACUGUUCAGUCGCACAGACCAGAGCCCAUCACCAAGGAAGGCCUCCAUUCGCCGCAGUAUCCACGGGAUGCCAGCCAGUACCCAGGGAACUGAGGUAUCUAUACUAAGCUCCAAGAGGAACAUGAACAUUGGCAUAUUCCUCAAGCAGUUUAAACGGCCGAUGGUGGACAUGGUAGCGGAUAUCAGCCAGGGCCAGAGGGAGGGGUUCGCCAGAGGGAAGGUCCGGGAGUUGUGCAAACUGCUUCCAGAGGAGGAGGAGGUGAAACAGCUACGUGCAUAUGAAAGCGAUAUUUCCGUGCUUUCUGAGGCGGACCUCUUCAUGGUGCUUCUUGUUAAAGUUCCUUGCUAUGAGGAAAGACUGCAGAGUCUGGUGCUGAAAGAAGAAUUUUUCCCUUUCAUGGAUGAACUUAAUCAGUCCAUCGCCACUAUGACCGCAGCUGGGCAAGAGUUGCUGAAAUGUGUUGAUCUCCACUCUGUCAUCCGGUUAGUGUUGAAAACAGGAAACUACAUGAACGCUGGUGGUUAUGCGGGCAGUGCCAUCGGCUUCCGGAUGACCUCCCUUUUGAAACUAGUUGACACCAAGGCCAACAAGCCUGGCAUGAACCUGAUGCACUAUGUGGUGAUGCAAGCACAGAAGGUUGACAUGGCUCUGCUGAAAUUCCCCAACCAACUGGAGCAUCUGGCUGAUGCAGCAAGAAUUCAGAAACAGGAACUGGAGGCUGAGUUCCAGCUGAAGGUGAAGAAAGUUCAAAAGGUGAAGGAGGAUUCAGAAAAGCAACCAGACCUUAAAGAACAAAUGGAGGAUUUCCUAAAAGAUGCGGAGUGUUGUCUGGCUGAAACUAAGACCUCCUUCCAGGACCUGAACUCACUGACUCAGUUAGUUGCUGAAUACUUCUGUGAGGAUCCCAAACAGUUCAAGCUCGAGGAGUGUUGCCUCAUCUUUCACUCUUUCUGUCAGAAGUUCCUACGAGCCAUUCAGGAAAAUCGGGAUCGAGAGGUUGCGGAGGUGAAGAGAAGACAACGUGAGCGCGUGCAGUGUGCCGCCAAGCGCCGCUCUACAGCCUCCUGCUCCACGAGGGACAAGGACAUGGAGGGGGUGGCCCUGGAGUCCGUCCUACAGCGAUUCCUCAACAACCGCACGUCACGCCGGAGAGGAGGCUCGCACUCGCCCUCCGGCUCCAGCUGCGGCAGCCUGUCGGAGGUUCCCUCCAAGGAGAGCUGCCUCGCCCAGAAGAACUCUGCUGGCGGUGAGGGUGGGGGUGGUGGUGGUGUUGGUGUUGUUGGAGGUGAGAUGGAGGCGGGUGGAGGGAGGGACUCCACCAAAGGAGCUGAGGUACAGAGACAUUUGACGAGCAGCUUGCCGCAGUUGCUCGACAUGGAGAACGUGGCGGAGAACGCCGUUGUGCAUGUUCCGUCGGAAGAGGGAGACCAGAGUACAGGGGACGGGAGUUCCACUCCUACGCAGGACCUGAUCUGUUCCACCCCGGUCUUGAAGCGCAACGCGAGCGCAUCGUCGAUCAGCAGUCAGAUCACAGUCUCGAUGACCGAGGACAGCCGGGAGCAUGACGGCGACGACGAGGAUGAGAGUCUGGCGGAGGAAGAGGCACAGAAGAUGCGCGAGGUGUCUCGCAAGGUCCUCCGCUACCAGAACAGCCGCAGCAGCAUAUCCUCCGUAGCUGACCUCUCGCUGGGCGCCCAGUGCUCACCCGGCGGCAGCGGUUGUGGCAGUGCCACGGCAUCACCACGGCGACGGACCUUCCUGGACGAAGAGGAGAAAACUGCUGAGGAGAUUCCGUUGGGAGAAGAUGGGGAGGGCAAGGUGGUCCUGAGGGCGCACCAGCAUUUCCUCCAAAGCAAAGUCAACGCCAUCAACCGGCGGCACACGCUCACAUUGCCCCCGGUGGCCAAGGGGGUGGACAGCGACGAGGACGACAUCUGGAUCCCCGCAGACGACGAUCCCAAAAGACCCAGAGCGCCUUACCUGUCUAAGGUCGGGAAGAUGAAGUCCGAGCAUGUAUUGGACACGGCCAACUCCUCGUUCGAGUUUGUGGACACUCCAGUGAAAAACCCCCCUGGCUCCUCUGUGGAUACGAAGGUGGAUGGGGACAAGAAGGUGGUGGUUCCCCCACUGAACUUCAGCCUGAUGCAAGGGAGCCUUGUCCAAAGGCGCAACUCAUCUCGGAGUCCCUCUGGAUUAAUGUCCUUUUUUAAGCGUCUUGGUGAAAAAACAAAGCCUGUCUGACUCAGGCAUUAGUACACUUUGUUUGCUGUAUGUUUGGUCAUUUUGUGAGUGACUUCCUCUUCCUUUUUAUCUGUUCAUGAUGUGUUCCGCUUUUGGCUGCCUCCAUUUUACACUCAUGUUUUAGACCACACAAUGAACUUGGAUUGGAGAUAUUUAAAAUACCUGAGACUGGGACUUCUUUUAAAAAUGCCUCGCAAUGGUAGUAGUACUUUACUCUUCACUCAAAGCCUGUUACAAUGCACAUACAAAGGUUAUUGUAAUACCAUAAAAUGUCCACUAAGUGGCAGUAGAUAACAAGAAGGGCUCCUGAAAAUAUACUGCCACAUGUUUUUAAAUCAUAUUCUAUUCAUUUUAUCUGAGAUUAUUUUGUCUCUUAAUUUAUGUUUUACCUACCUUACUUGGCCUUAUUAAAUGUGUGCUUUUGUCACACAAAACAUCUGA